CAUAUCCUCGCCAUUAGGUCUUUGCUUUCUCUCUGGAGGAUCAUGGUACUAACGCGGCGCGACAGACCUCACACUUCACUACUUUCCCCUAUCUAAUAAACAGCGCAUUGCUGAAUGUUUUUGCGGUCUUUCCACCACCAGCAGAGGACUUUUGCUCGUGCGCUUUCCUGUCAUCAUGCCGCGCGUUUCCAUGACGUCGAGGAAUUUGGUGCGCGCUCCCGCCAGGUUCGCCACUCUCCUGCUUGGUGGAUAACUCAUCCGCUUCCUGUGGCAAGCUCAAUCUCUUUCCUUGCUCUAGUCCAUACCUCCUGUCGCUCUCAGUACUAUUCCCGCGUUGACCGUCUGUUACAUUCUUCCCCUCGGAGAUUACAGAAGCUUGCAACGACAUCAGUCAUUACGCCCUUGCAUUCCCGGCGCAUAGUAGGAGGUCCGCGUGGCAUAGUGGGUACAUCGCAGGCCACGAACAUGCCUGUAGACGUGAAAUAUGAGACUGGGGACAGCGUGAACUCGCCGAGUGAGGAAAAUGCAGUGCUGGCACAGACGCGUACAUCGGAAUUACCGCAAGAUGUUCCGCCAGAUCCUGAAUCGGAUGAGGAUAUACCUGUUCAGGCCGAGGAGCUCCAAGAGGCUCUAUCGAGGCCCCCGCCUGUCAACAGUAGUUAUCUGCCCCUCCCUUGGAAGGGCAGAUUAGGAUAUGCAUGUCUGAAUACAUAUCUCCGAUACUCGAACCCUCCUGUUUUCUGUUCCCGAACUUGCCGCAUCGCAUCGAUUUUGGAGAACCGCCACCCGCUUUUAGACCCCUCUCAACCUGCCCAUCCGACGAAGAACCGCCCGGACCGGAGCCAGAAACCUGAUAUUGCACGGGGUCAAGCCUUCGUUGAAGCAUUGGGACUCGCCAAUGCGCGGGAUUUACUAAAGAUCCUGCGUUGGAAUGACCGCUAUGGAAUCAAGUUCAUGCGACUGAGUAGUGAGAUGUUCCCGUUUGCUAGCCACAAGGAGUAUGGAUACAGAUUAGCUCCUUUUGCAUCCGAAGUUCUCGCAGACGCAGGACGGGUCAUUGCAGAGCUUGGCCAUAGGGUGAGCGUGCAUCCCGGGCAGUUCACUCAAUUAGGGUCUCCUAAGAAUGAGGUCGUAGAGAGUUCGAUACGAGAUCUAGAGUAUCACUCCGAAAUGCUGCAGCUGCUCCAGCUGCCUCCCCAACAAGAUAGGGAUGCGGUCAUGAUUCUCCACAUGGGCGGUGUGUUUGGUGAUAAGGAGGCCACGUUGAACCGGUUCCGGGAGAAUUACCAACCCCUAUCGCAAGAUAUCAAGAACCGACUUGUUUUAGAAAAUGAUGAUGUUAGCUGGUCGGUACAUGAUCUGUUGCCUAUAUGCGAAGAGUUGAAUAUACCGCUCGUGUUGGACUUCCACCACCACAACAUCAUUUUCGACUCAAGUCAAGUCCGUGAAGGGACCCAGGACAUCACGAAGCUCUUUGAUAGGAUUAAGGCUACUUGGACUAGGAAGGGUAUCACUCAGAAGAUGCACUAUUCGGAGCCGACACCUUCUGCCAUCACGAACCGUCAGCGGCGGAAGCAUAGCCACCGCGUAUCCACCUUGCCUCCAUGCGACCCCACAAUGGAUUUGAUGAUCGAAGCAAAAGAUAAAGAGCAGGCUGUGUUUGAACUGAUGAGAACAUUCAAGCUUCCCGGUCACGAGUUGUUCAACGAUAUGAUCCCACAUGUUCGUACGGACGAGAACAAACCGUUCAAGCCGCCUCGGAAGUCUACCAAAAAGAACGGGGGUUUUGUUGACCUUGAGGGUCAUGUUCCUCCUGCCCCAACUGUCUCUGAGGAAGUGGUGGGCAUGGGAGGUCCGGAGAGAAGAGUUUAUUGGCCUCCCACAAUGGAGGAAUGGCUUCGGCCCAAGAAAGUCAUUCGUACUAAAGCCAUCCAGAGCCCCCGACGAUCUCGGCAAAUGAAGAAGACCGAUAGUGUUGUAGAGGACUCAUUGGAGCAAGAUGGUGAGGUGGCCAGUACCGCCUUGACUACACCUGCCUCGACGCCCGCGUCCAAAACCUCCCAGCGCAUUCAGCGUACCUCUAGCGUGAAGAAAAUGUCCAGUAGGAAACGCAAAGCUUCUACGCCAGCCAGCACGUCGCUUUCUGCUUCAUAUGAUGAUGAUGCUUCGCCCGAAACUCCCAAGCUCACGCGAUCCAAGAGCACUGGGGUCCGUCGAAGCCGUCGAGCGAAGCCAGUCAGUUACGCUGAAGACAGUGAAUCUCUGUAAUCAUAUUUCGAUCAAACGAUACUGCCUCUCGACACCACUCACCCAGUUAUGUAUCAAUGCUUUUCUUGGGGUCUCUCGGAUGGGCAAGAGCUUAGGGUUCAAAGGCGUUCCGAUUAUAGCUUUUAAUUAUUUUUUUUUUCUAUACAGCGCGCACGAACAUAG